AUGGAGAAGUAUGGAGUGAAGCAUAGGGUGGCAACCCCGUAUCAUCCUCAGACAAGCGGGCAAGUUGAAGUCUCUAAUCGAGAGAUAAAGAGUAUUUUAGCAAAGACGGUGAAUGCAAACAGAAUUGAUUGGGCCCGCAAGCUCGAUGAUGCUGCCUUCAAGACUCCGAUUGGGACUUCACCCUUCAAGCUAGUUUUCAAAAAGGCAUGUCACCUGCCAGUUGAACUUGAACAUAAGGCCAUGUGGGCCUUGAAGAAGCUGAGCAUGAAUUGGGAAGAAGUGACCAAAAUCAGGUUGUUUCAGCUUAAUGAGAUGGAUGAGUUCCACUAUCAGGCAUAUGAAAGUGUCGAGAGCGCGGGAACUGAAACUCGAAAAAACCAGCAAAGUUACACCAGAGCAUAA